AUGGCUUCUGUGCACGGCUCGAACGCUAGCUCAACCUCGUCCCUUGCCCUUUUGCCCGACUCAUCUGCCCAUAGUCUUCUGGACUCUCUACCCGGGUCCCCGCUCCCUGAAGUCUCGGAGUACGUGCGAGCCAUGUACAUGGAGAGGUUAGUCCUAGUCAAUGAUGAAGACCCAGCACGCGUGCCCCAUCCAUAUGAUGUGCAGUCGAGUUCUCUGACGGUGGAAUCACAACGCAGCCUGAACAAAGUUGCCUUCUUGAUAGGUUCCGACAACUCUGAAACUUGGUUCAACAUCUACAUAUUGCCCGCGGCGCUCCGGGACGCAUCACCUCUCUUUGAAAGGAGCGGACGUCGUUCCAGGUCCCGCCGUUCGUCAACAUCCCCACCCUCGCCCGGCUCGCUCUGCUGCCGCUUCCGAGAGCAGGAUUGCCAGGCCGCUGUGGUCUUUGGGCUGUGGCUGGGCCUGUACAGCACCGCAGACACUCGACUGUAUGAGGACUUUGACAACGUGAUUCAGUGCAAGUUCGGCCAGAAACCAGACUUGUUUGUCCGGUGUUGGGAUGUCGCCGACCGAUUCGAGGCACAGCCAUUCAAGAACUACCUGACCACCACCGCGGUCGUCAUGUCCAACACAUGCCUUGUAGCACACUUUGGGAUCGCCGACAAUUUCUCCCGAGCCGGCCUCUCCCGCACCUCACUCGUCGGCGCCCUGCUCGACAGCCUAGCCUUUCAGGUCGUCGAGAUGGACAUGGUUCUUUUGGAGGUCCUCGAGAACUGGUCGGUCUUCUCUGGGCUCAUGGAGGCCAGCCCUCGCCUCCUCGCCGAGUUCCUGCUCGCGAUCGAAGACUUGAAGGGGUUCCGGGAUAGGUUCUUCCCGUUCCAUCCACGCGAUCGUCUGUGUGCAAAGUGGCACACGCACAAGAGCAGGGCAGAGCGCCGAGCGUGUCCCGACUUCAACGCCGUGGAAUGUGCGGGGCUCGAUUCGAGUGACGACGACCAACGCGAUGGCAGUGGUGAUGAUGGGGGCGACGACCAUGAACGAGAUAGCGACAAUGGCGAUGACGAAAGCGUCGACCGUGACCAGGACAAUGACAAUCACGAUGAAAAUGACGACCACCGCACUGAAGACAUGAACAACAGUGACGACAACGAGGGCUACGUCUGA